ACUCUGCCAGGUGAGGUGCGUGGGCGUGGCUAUCAGCUGGCACCCGGCAAAGUGGGUCAGGCACUCAGACGUCUGCGGCUAAAAUUGGCCUUUUGAGGCACACACGUGGAGGAUUACAACGUGGAGGCUCCCCGCUGCUCCCUCGCGCCGCCCAUACAGCAGCAUGCAGGACCCCAAUGAGGAUACAGAAUGGAACGACAUCCUGCGCCAGAAGGGCAUCCUGCCACCCAAGGAGCCCGAGGUGACAGAGGAGAUGCUGACAGAGAUGCUGGAGCAGACCAUCGAGGAGAAGACCAGCUCAGAGGCUCGACUGGGUAAGCUGACCCUUGAUGAGCUGGAUGAACUUGAAGAUGAUGAGGAUGAAGCUAUCUUGCUGGAAUACCGGAAGAAAAGAAUAGCCGAGAUGAAAGCCGAGGCCGAAGAGUCAAAGUUUGGGGAGGUGCUGGAGAUCAGUGCGCAAGACUAUGUGGAAAAGGUCAACAAGGCUGGGCCAGGCAUUUGGGUGUUCCUGCACCUGUACAAGCAAGGUGUGCCGCUGUGUGCCCUCAUCAAUCAGCACCUCCCAAGACUGGCUGCCAAGUACCCGAGGGUGAAGUUCCUCAAGUCCAUCUCAACCACUUGCAUCCCCAACUUCCCUGACCGCAAUCUGCCUGCCAUCUUCGUCUACCUGGAGGGCCAGAUGAAGAGGCAGUUUAUCGGUGCAGCAGAGUUUGGAGGUGACAAGAUCAAGCUGGAUGAAUUGGAGUGGAAGUUGUCCCGCACUGGUGGCUUCAAAACGGACCUCGAGUGCGACCCUAGAGGCCCACGAGUCAAGGACGUCAUGAUGGGGUCCCUUCGUGGCGGCGGUGGCAGCGACAGUGACAAUGAGAGUGAUGAGAAUGACUGGUGAGGAUGGGUUGAAGGGCUUGGGGGGAGGGGGUUGUCUUAUUGCUGCUUGAAGAGAAUAAAUUUUUAAUGACUUCAUCACUGUUUCUUUGUCUUGGCACUGAUGUCUAUUUUUAGUGAUGUGGUUGCUGUUUUAUGUUCUCAUUGGUAAAUAAGAAGGGGAGGGCUAGGUUUUCUCAAGAUAUGGGUAUAUAAAAAGUUUUUGGGAACCCAUUUAAUUUUUCACUUAUUUUUCAAACAAUAACUGGUUAGGAAAGGUAGGUGCCAUGGCAGAGUGAUCCUUUCCCAUAAAUGAGACCUGUAGAACCAGGGGGUAGUAUCAUUCCUUAUUUAUGGUAAAAACACUUAUUGUUGCAUUGUACACUCGGCCCUCGAUUUAACGGAUUAAAAGGGGGGAAGGGUGGUCCGUUGCUUGAAAAUACAGUUUUGACGUUUCUAAAGCCGGUGUCACACCGGACAAAUCUACCCAGCCUCCCUUCUAGUUCGGAACAAUUUUUUUUUAUUAUCCGGGUGGCCAGGCGCAUGUGUGUGAGCGGCCCUGGCCGCGCGCCGGGCUUGAGCAGCUGACGGGCGACUGAUGAUGGUGGUGGUAAUGAUGGGUGUUGGCGGCGUGACCCCCGCAUUGGCACCGCGCGGGCGGUGCUUUCGUUGGGGCCCAUGUGUGUGUGGCUGUGUUUAUUGUGGGCCCGAGCUCCUCAAUUUGCUAAUUUUUGUUUUCCACAUGUUGUGCGGGACUUCUUUCUUUUCUUCCACCUCUUCUUUUUCAAAAAGAAGAGAUGGAAGAAAGGAAAGGGGUCCCGUGCAACAUGUGGAGGAUGGGAAUUGGCAAAUUGAGAAGCCCAAAGCCAUAAUAAACACAGCCACACACACGUGGGCCCCGAUGGGGAUGCCGUUCGGGCGCGGCCGAUGCGGGAGCCUCGUGGCCGACGCUCAUCAUCGCCAUCACCUGCCCGUCAGCUGUUCGGGGCCGGGCCUUCGCACGGCCGGGGCUGUCUGUGCACUUGGCCGCAUGGAUAGGUGGCCAAGCGCAAGAUGUCGACGGUUUUCAAUUUCCCCCAUAAAGGCGGACACACACUAUAUGAUGCAUCCUGUCCGGCGGCCGAAAAGUGGGCAGAGCUAGAGGCCAUGGGGUAGUGUGUGUGGGUGUAAUUUAUGUGGCGCGGCCUCACGACACGGCCUGAUGGCCUUCUGUUUAGGGUUUUGACGUUUCUAAAGCUGGUGUCCGUUGAGAUUUUGUGGUCCGUUAAAUCCGAAAUCCAUUAAAUCGGGGUCCGUUAAAUCGAGGGUCGAGUGUAUUCCCUGAGGUUCUAUCAUGACACCAAUGCUGAUGUUUUGAAACAUACAUAUCCUGCAGCUGUCUCACUCUGCAAAGCAAUAACUAGUAUGUAUUUACCAUACAGUGCCAUCCACCACCCACACAGCAUUGUUAACUACCUUCACACAGAAACAUUGUAAUAAUCUAAUUUGGUUGAAAAGGAAUACAGGUAAACAAGAAUGAUAGUACCAAUAAACUGAUGGAUAUUUUUCAAGUUGAGCUCUGUAUCAUCCAACCUCAUAAGAAAUUAUGAGAAAACCUGACUAAACAGAUGAUGAUGAUGAUAUCUGCAAGGUGAGUUGGGGAUGAUUCGUAUGAUUUUUCAAAAAAUUGCAAAAAAGUCAAAACUGGAAAACUUUUUUAUGCAUGACAAAAUAUAGCCUUUUGAAUACCAUGUGUAUAAGGCACAACUCUGGGAGCAUUUUACAAGUAGGUGAAACAUUGGCCUACUUUUUUCAAAUUGUACGGAUUGUCCACGGCGUGGAUGAUUGUAUGGCUAUAGAUAUCAAAAAGUAAAAAAUAUAAAAUUCAUAUGAAGGCAAAGUUCUUUAAUAGCAACAUAAUUCAUUAACAGAACCCUAAAUAAGAUUUGAAGAUAAUUUUCAUUGAUAAUGGUUGUGUAUAAGGUAAGAUAAUAAAUUUCAAAGUAAAAGGAAAAUAAUGAAAUUUGAUUUUCCAUUAGAAGUGCCAUGAAUUUUUAUUUUCAUAAAUAAUUGUCAUAACAUUUAGGAUUUCUUUAUCCUACAUACUGAAUCAUGUCACUAUCUGGAUUGCUCCUGUACCUUUUCAGGAGGGAAGCAUAAUAAGUUAUUUAAUGCAAAAAUGUAAAUUUGUGGUAGCUAACUAAAUGAGCAAUUCAUUUACUUUGCAGCGCCAAAUUAAACUAAAAGAGCAUUAUCCAUUCAGAAAGGGUUAAUUUACCUGGUAUUGUAUGCUGUUAGUGAAUUUGCAAAUUUGAUGAAGCGCUUAUGCCUUGGAGUUGGUGCUGACACACUAGGUCAGGUUUUGCAUCACCUUUGGGCUCUUUCUGGGAAGAUAAGGUGCCUCCCUUACCACCUUUCUUUGAUCUUCUAAGGUAUAAGACUUUGAAGAAAUUAGUAGUAGUAGACUUUUCACCACAAUCAUUUAUUUUGGCUACAUAAUUUGCUGGGGAGCCCUUCAUAUAAAUUAAAUUUGUAUGAUAUCUAAUUAUUCAACUGAUAUUUCAAACAAAGGUCAGAGGAUGUUUAUGGGAUAUGAACUCCCUUAGUUAAGUGUAGCUGGCAACAGUUUUGUUCUGUUACAAAACACAUGAAACAUACUGGUAAAUCACCCUAAAGGAUUAUGAGUAAAUGAAUGAAAUUGGUGCUUGCGUAGAUGUCACUCAUGGAUUACAUGGCUGCAACUUGUAACACUAUCAUUAACACACACAUAUGGAUACAAUAAGCAGAAACUGAUUGUUUACAGUGUGGACACUCUGUACAUUUAAAAUCCCAUGGUACAGAUCAUCCAUACGAUGCCAUUUAUGUUUAAGCAAGUAAUCAAGUCAUCCUGUGACAUUGGAGUUCACUUUCAUCACUUUAUUUCAUCACAUCUAGGCAUAAACCAGUACUCUGUGCCUUAGCAUCACAUUUGGUGUAUUCAUAAACACCAGAGAUCAUUAAUUGGUGGCAAAAUAUUACACUGAAAAAGAAAAUAGAAAAAAAAAAAUAA